CCCACAGCGCGGCCCCGGCCGGGGCCCAGACUUUCAGCCUGAAGCACUCGGAGGACGUGCGGGUAGAGGUCGUCCGCGACGGGGAGGCUGAGGAGGUGGCCACCAACGGCAAGCAGCGCUGGGCCCUGUCGCCCAGCACCACGCUGCGGCUCACCAUGAGCAAGGCCAGCACCGAGGCCAGCGCCGACAAGGUCACCGUCAACUACUAUGACGAGGAGGGGACCGCCCCCAUCGACCAGGCUGGGCUCUUCCUCACGGCCAUCGAGAUCUCCCUGGAUGUGGACGCCGACCGGGACGGCGAGGUGGAGAAGAACAACCCAAAGAAGGCGACCUGGACCUGGGGUCCUGAGGGCCAGGGGGCCAUCCUGCUGGUGAACUGUGACCGAGACACGCCCUGGCUGCCCAAGGAGGACCUCAGUGACAACAAGGUCUACAGCAAGGAAGACCUCAAGGACAUGUCCCCGAUGGUCCUGAGGACCAAGGGCCCCGACCGCCUGCCGGCUGGAUACGAGAUGGUCCUCUACAUCGCCAUGGGGGACUCGGACAAAGUGGGCGUGUUCUACGUGGAGAACCCGUUCUUCGGCCAGCGCUACGUCCACAUCCUGGGCCGGCAGAAGCUCUACCACGUGGUCAAGUACACGGGCGGCUCCGCGGAGCUGCUCUUCUUCGUGGAAGGCCUCCGCUUCCCGGACGAGAGCUUCUCGGGCCUGGUCUCCAUCCACGUCAGCCUGCUGGAGUACAUGGCUGAGGGGAUCCCCCUGACCCCCAUCUUCACGGACACCGUGACAUUCCGGAUUGCACCGUGGAUCAUGACCCCCAACAUCCUGCCUCCCGUGUCGGUGUUUGUUUGCUGCAUGAAGGACAACUACCUGUUCCUGAAGGAGGUGAAGAACCUGGUGGAGAAAACCAACUGUGAACUGAAGGUCUGCUUCCAGUACAUGAACCGCGGCGACCGCUGGAUCCAGGACGAAAUUGAGUUUGGCUACAUCGAGGCCCCCCACAAAGGCUUCCCCGUGGUGCUGGACUCCCCCCGCGAUGGGAACCUGAAGGACUUCCCCGUGAAGCAGCUCCUGGGCCCAGAUUUCGGCUACGUGACCCGGGAGCCCCUCUUUGAGUCUGUCACCAGCCUGGAUUCCUUUGGGAACCUGGAGGUCAGCCCCCCGGUGACUGUGAACGGCAAGGCCUACCCCCUUGGACGGAUCCUCAUCGGCAGCAGUUUUCCUCUGUCCGGCGGGCGGCGGAUGACCAAGGUGGUGCGCGACUUCCUGCAGGCCCAGCAGGUGCAGGCGCCCGUGGAGCUCUACUCGGACUGGCUGACCGUGGGCCACGUGGACGAGUUCAUGACCUUCAUCCCCGUCCCAGGCACCAAGGAGUUCCGGUUGCUCAUGGCCAGCACCUCGGCCUGCUACAAGCUCUUCCGGGAGAAGCAGAAGGAGGGCCACGGGGAGGCCAUCAUGUUCAAAGGCUUGGGCGGCAUGAGCAGCAAGCGGAUCACCAUCAACAAGAUCCUGUCCAACGAGAAUCUGGUGCAGGAGAACCUGUACUUCCAGCGCUGCCUGGACUGGAACCGUGACAUCCUCAAGAAGGAGCUGGGGCUGACGGAGCAGGACAUCAUUGACCUGCCUGCUCUGUUCAAGAUGGAUGAGGACCGCCAGGCCAGAGCCUUCUUCCCAAAUAUGGUGAACAUGAUCGUGCUGGACAAGGACCUGGGCAUCCCCAAGCCGUUCGGGCCCCAGGUGGAGGAGGAGUGCUGUCUGGAGACACACGUGCGCGCCCUGCUGGAGCCCCUGGGGGUCACCUGCACCUUCAUCGACGACAUUUCCGCCUACCACAAGUUCCUGGGGGAGGUCCACUGUGGCACCAACGUCCACAGGAAGCCCUUCGCCUUCAAGUGGUGGCACAUGGUGCCCUGACCUGGGGAGCCCCGGAGCGUCCCUGCUUCCCCGCGUCCUCCAGGCCUCUCGCACCCCAGGGGCCCUCCCCCUGCCUGACCUGAUGGGGUGGCCCUGCUGGGAGACCUACGGGGAGCAGGGUGGGAUUUGGGGGGACCUGUGCCUUGUCCUCCCUGGGAAGGGCCUCCGUGUCCACUGAAGCCACCCCAGGGAGCUCACCUCUGACCCUCCUGAAACCAGCCGGGCAUUUGGCCACUCUCUGUAGAGCCCUGGCGCGAGAAACAAAGCAAACCAAGAACAAAAAAAAUCACAUCCCCAGACCAGGCCCAAGAGUUCUCUAUUUGCAAUUGGAAUGAGGGAAAGGGGAAGGGGAUUCUGGGAUCACAGUGUCUCCCAGCAGCCAUGCCCUGAAGUUCAAGGUGGAACACAUGGAAAUGCACCCUGGGCCCUGACGCACCUUGAACUGCACCGGUAUUUCAAAUUCGCCUUCCUGGGGUCUCCAGGUGCCACCUCCAAUCCAUUCCUUACCGCCUCUCAGCCCCCCUUAGCUUUCCCUCUGCAAUGCAGACCCCGAGCCCUCCCGCUCCCCGAGGGCCCAGGAAUUGAGCUCAGAACUUUCCCGGGAAACAGAUGCAUCAGAGCGGUUUCUCCAUGUGCUUCUCCCCAGGGGCUUGAGGCUCUCUCCCCGAGACCAGCACCCCCUGAGGCUGAGUUCAGCAUGUAAAGAUGCCCAUCAACCCCAGCCACCAUCUCUUGCCUGGUCCUCGAGUCUAUGGCCAGGCUCUGACCCGGCUCCUGCCACCACCUCAGGUCCCAUCCUUCCCACUACUGGCCGCUAAAUGCCAGCUUUUUUGCCUCCAGCCACGUUCAGACCUUCCCCUGGGCCUGGGAAACAACCAGCCCUCCUCCUAGUCCUCAGACCCAACAUGGAAGGACCCUGGCCUCACCUCCAGCCCAAGCAGCUGCUGGCCUUCGAGGUGGACCGGCCCUCCUGUUGAAGUUCACCAGUGUGUUUGCCAAAGACUCUCUCAUUCGGACACAUCCAGAUAAAUUCCCUGAGUCCAAUGAAAAGGGUUAACUUCAGCUUAAAAAAAAAAAAUUCCUUUAGGACCAGAAGCACAAGUAAAUUAUAAUUUCACUUUGAAGGUUAAAAAAAAAGAACUAUUUUAUAACCAAUGAAGAGGUUCUAAAUCUGUGUUCUUGGGGGUCCAGGAUUUUCACUUU